GAAUCCAAACCUCAUUCGCUCCUACAAAUUUGGAAUUCCUCUCUCUCUCCCUCUGUCUCUCCUAGUUCUACUCGAAGAAGGGAAGGGAUCUCCAACGUUUAUGGCAUCGCUCGUCCUCACAAUUCCAUCCUCAUUCCCACCGAACUCUUGUAUCCGUCUCCUACAUUACCUUGCCUCUUGACCCUCAUUAUCCCAUCUCACACAAACGAAAAAAAAAGGGGGGGAAAAACAAAACAAGAGAGACGGAAGAAGGCGUCCAUCUCUCGAGUGGUACUUGGAAUUCGCCAUUCCAGCGGGAUCUCAUUCCCCCGAGACACGUUGCAGUUUCUGGGGAAAGAGAUGCCGAUCGCCAUGAAGGAGGAGGACGCUGUGAAGAAGAGCAAUUCCGCCAUGAGUUUGAAGAAGCUUGUUCCCAAAGUUUUGCGCAGCAAUUCCAUGAAGAACCUCUUCAAAUCCAAAAAACCAAGGGCUCCCGCUGAGAUCGUACGCGAUGUUAGGAGACUGCUGUCCUACGUCGAUUCCGAUUCCGACGACGGCAGUCCCAGGCGCCAUGAUAAGUUGGCGCAAUUAGAUGCCGACAUCAGGGAGCUCAAAUCAAUUCUGUACGGAAUUGAAGAAUCAGAACCUGUUGCAGAAGCUUGUGCCCAAGUGACUCAAGAGUUCUUUACUGAUGACACUAUGCGACUGCUAAUUCUCUGCCUACCCAAAAUAAACUUCGAGACUCGCAAGGAUGCAACGAGAAUAAUUGCGAAUUUGCAAAGGCAACCGGUUCAAUCACGGUUGAUUGCUUCUGACUACUUAGAAGAGAAUCUUGAUCUUUUGGACGUUAUGAUUACUGGGUACGAAGAUCAUUCUGUUGCUCUGCAUUAUGGAGGAAUGUUAAGGGACUGCAUACGACAUCAGGUGGUCGCUAGUUACGUUUUGCAGUCAGCCCAUAUGAAGAAGUUUUUUGACUACAUACAACUUCCAAAUUUUGAUGUUGCUUCGGAUGCUGCUGCUACCUUUAAGGAGCUUAUGACACGGCAUAAGUCCACUGUUGCAGAUUUUCUCACAGAAAAUCAUAGUUGGUUUUUUUCUGAAUUCAACUCAAAGUUGCUGGAGUCUCCAAACUACAUGACCCGGCGCCAUGCUGUCAAGCUUCUAGGAGACAUCUUGCUUGAUAGAUCUAACUCCGCGGUCAUGGUGCGCUAUGUCAGCUCCAAGGACAAUAUGAGAGUUCUCAUGAAUCUCCUGAGGGAAACACACAAGUGCAUACAGAUUGAUGCAUUCCAUGUGUUCAAGCUGUUUGUGGCGAACCAGAACAAGCCUACUGAUAUCGUCAACAUACUGUGUGCCAACAGAAACAAACUCCUGCGCUUUUUUGAUGGCUUCAACUGUGACAAAGAGGAUGAGAUGUUUGACGCAGACAAAGCUCAGGUGGUUAAGGAGAUCAGGGAACUCGUGGCGACGUCGCCUGUGGGCUGCUCCGGAGAAUUAUUCAAACCCAUCAUCGUCUAAACUUGAACAAUCUGUUGGAGCUGUUCAUAGCACAAAGUGACGAUAAUGCGUUUGUAGUUAGUUGAACCGCUACUUACUCAUACUUCCACAGUAUUUGAUGUGUUUUUCAGUCUA